ACACUGUUAAGUACUGCUCUUGCUGAAUACUGUAGGAACAAAAAUCUGUACAUAUCCUAUUCUAUAAAAUACAGUAAAACAUAAUAAUGUUCAUGUAAUUUACAGUCAACUAUCUAACCCUGAUCAAAGUCACCAUCAGUUCUAGAGUCAUGCCUAUGUCCAGCAAACCGUUGCAUGUAUGACAGCAAGAUGAUUCUCAAAACUUCGUCCAGCAUCCACAGGAAUAAAGAGUGAAAUGUUGUCAGCGUAGUCUACGAAGUAUUCAAAUCCAAUAUCGGGUCGCCUCUUCAAUAGGUUUGUUUCGUGUUUUCAAGCUCAGUGGCAUAUGUAUUUCCCAGUCUCGACUGUCUCUUUAAGACUACGAUAGCUGUGUGUCUGAUUAAUUCAAUGUAACUGGAGAUGCAUUGGAGAAACCCACUUUCCGCUAUUACGGUGGAUGUACCAGCUACAGAGAGAGUGUGAAUAAACUUGACAUUUCUUUCCCAAUUGGUCAUUAUAAUCGGAUAUUCCAACUGGCCUUUAUCAUAUAAAGUUAUCCUGUGAUACCGUUAUUAUAGGCCACGGAUGUGGAGAUACAAAAUAAAUAGCUGGAAAUUGAAGUCUCCAUAAUUUCAAAUUUCCCUGAGAGGAUUUACCAAAAGUCAUAUUGGAGAAAUAAGAAUAUUUACAUUAAAUUGUUCGGAGGGGAGUUUUAUUCUGACUGCACUAAAUGUCGGGAAAACACGGAGGUUACCAAGGUCUGGAGGACACCAAUCGCCAGGCCAUGUCCCAACCCAUGCAGCAAAUGCAGCCCCCUCCAUACCUCCCCUCCCAGGACCCUAACAUGGGCCAUCAACACCACAACAUGCAACACGCCAACAUGCAGCACCCCAACAUGGCCCCUCAGCCCGGCUGUGGCCCCCAGCCCAACUACCCCCCUCCACCCCCGCCCCCUUGUUCCGAUGGCUACCAGGAGACCCAGUUCCACAAUGGCUCCUACGGACACCCAGGGGCCCCACAGGGCUACACAGUCCAGACCCAGGGCCCGGGAGGGGGGGUCCCACAUGCCCCUGUGGGGUACUUUCAACCAGGAUACCCUCUCCAACUGCAGCCCUGCACAGCCUACGUUCCUGUCUACCCCCUGGCGUCGGGGCAGCCCUACCAGGGGAUGCCCCAGGGCCAGAUGGGCAUGCAGAUGCCCCAUGGCAUCGCCUUGAUGGAGCCCCGGCGCCCGCCUCACGACUACCUGCCAAUCGCUGUGCUCACCACCGUCUGCUGCUUCUGGCCAACAGGAAUCAUAGCCAUCUUCAAGGCAGUACAGGUGCGUACGGCGGUGGCCAGGGGGGACAUGGUGAUGGCAGAGAUAGCGUCCCGCGAGGCGCGUAAUUUCUCCUUCAUCAGCCUGGCGGUGGGCAUUGCCUCCAUCGUCCUGUGUACCAUCCUCACCGUGGUAGUCAUCAUCGCCUCCCAACACCAUGACGACGACUGGGAACCAUAAUACAUAAUGCAGUGUGGUAUCAUGGGAUGUGUAGUUUUGGGUGGAGAUUGAAGAAUAAGGGCACUGACAUGCACUCUCUGAUACUGGUAUGUUAUAUUGGAGGUAUAUAUGUUUAUAUAUGCACCCUGUGUACUUUAUAUACAGUUCUGACCUGACCUACUGACUACUAACGGGCUGAGAACCAAUCAAAGCUAAUAUUCAAAUGCCAAAACAAAUAGGUGCCCAUUAUGGGCCAGUAUUACUUACCAUUGUAACCAUUUAUACUCAGAUAUAAUAAUGCUCCAUUGCGCUUAUGGGGGAAAACAGAGUACAUAUACAGAGGCAUUCAAUGGCAAUUCCACCACUUUUCAACCUAAUUUUCAUUAUCUCCUGCACAAUACCAGUGUCUACAUAUGUGAAAACAGCGCAUGACAUCAUCAAAGUUAAAACAUUGAAAAUGUGAUUUUCGAACACUAUGAGAUUCGCAGUGACGUGGGGAGUAAGAAAAUACUCUCCCUCUGGCUAGAAACUCAUUGCAGUUUACUUUUAAUCCUAGCUUGUGAUGUCACAGAGAAGCAUUUUUUUUACGACUAUUCUUUUUUUUUUUACCACAGAUCAUAGAAACGCAGCAUUUUCACAAAUGUAGACACUGGUAUGGUGCUGGAGAUAAUGUAUAUGAGGUUGAAAAGUGGCGGAAUUGCCCUUUUAACUAUGAAUUAUUUAUGAAUGACUGAUUAAUUUAUGGUCCCCUCAAACCUAGGUAGACCAAAUCAUGUUAAAGUUCACACUGUAUCACAAAACUGCCAAAUAGAUCACAAAUCAUAACUGAAAUGAUUGCCGUAUAUAAUUAGUAUUGGAUGAGGUUAUUUUGAAUUACUUCUAAUAUAAAGACUUUUAUUGAAUUGUGUUUGUAGUCAUUUAUAGUUUUUGAUUUAUUAUGAUUUUCAGAAACGUGCCAUCUAGUGAUAGUAUUUUUUAUAUUUGUUUAAAGGAUAGUAUAAAUUACAGUAUAACAAACUGCCAAACAGACGUAGGUAAGAAGGGAUAUAGAUGAUCAGUAUUCAUUUUACACACAAUCAAAUGGAAAACAAAUGAAGUCAUGAUAAAUAUAAUUGAUAUAAAUAUAGAUAUUGAGAUUUUUCUUUUGAGAUUAGUGACAUCGCUAUUUAAAGUUGUGUUGAUGGAGGGAUAGACCAUAGGAUGUACUGUCAGUGUCCAGCCUUUUUUUUGUACCUGAUAUGGACUUUGUUGUUGACAAAUUGUUUGUUGCAUAAGACUGUUUAAUACUUGUUCACUUUAUUUCUAUAUGUAUUUAUCUUUAUUAUUUAUUCAUUUGUUUAUUUAUAUAAUAUAUUUUUCAUAGCUUAUUAGCAUGUCACCAUUAUGUUUGAGUUGAAAUCAAUAGUUUAUUGUACCCAUAUUAACCUACAAACCUUGAAACUAGAUGACAUUUGAUGAUGUGUGUGAUGAUUUGCACUUCCCAGCAUUGACAUAGUACAGAAACUGACAUUGUUACUUUGUACACCUAGGCUAAUAUCAGUAGGCUUAGAAUUGGUUUCUACUAGGUUUUUAUACACUUCAAUAGAAAAUGAUAGAAUUGUAGAAAUAUACACAUAAAAAACAAAAAAUGCUUGCCUGAUUGGAGUGGUUGACCCAUUUCCUAAUGUCGUAGACCUAAAGUAUUGCAGUACUAAGACAAAAAGCAACACAUUUGAAGGAAAGUGCUUGGACGGACACAAGAUUAAAAAGGGUAUGUAAUUAUAUAUAGGGCUAGUGAAGUGUACAUCUGAGAAAUUGCUGCUUUUACAAAUAAUGUUUUGCAAAUAUUAAAUAAGGUUAUAAUCGGCAAUACAAGAGUAUUAUCUUAGUUAAUAGUUUCUCAGAGUAAAAACGGUAGUAGGCAAAGGACUUAUAGUAUAUGCUACAGACAAAACUCUGUUGUGCAUGCCAUUGUGAGCCAUUAUUACAAUUCUCUCAGCUUUUCCCUAAUUGCCUUAGCUGAUAAUAUGGGUUGCGCCAAACACAUUUGGUCUCUAAUCUAGCCUAUCACGUAUUGAGGUGUGCUGCCCCAUGUUAGAGGGCCAAGGGGGCUGUUGUGGAACAGUAUGAGCUGAAAUGACCUGAGCCGGAAUCAGUGGAGCAGAAAUACUGAUGGUGGCACUGAAAAUGAAUGUCUCUGAGGAGAGAGAAAAAAAAUCUAUGCCUAAUAUAUAUUGUAGCAUUUUCCUCUCCUCAACUUGUUUCUAUUACCCCAAGCCCCCUCUCUCUGUUUCUCGCUUUCUGCUGUCCAUUGCAAAAUUGGGACCGUAAUUGUCGACAUAUCUCUAAUCUGCUUGUCCUUAUUCUUCUGUUAAUGCCAUUUUUAAAAGAAAAUAAAGUUAUUCAGAGAUGUUGAGAAUGUAUUGUUUAUUGGGAAGAACCAUGAUUACUGAUUUGAAUAUUGUAUUAGGGUGUAUGAAGUUUUAUUCUGAAAGUAUUAUUAUUCUGAAAUUAUUAUUACUAUGGUUGUUAUUAUUCUGUUACGUGGUAAUCACUUUUGCAUUUGAUUAUCACUACUGUAUUUAUAAUGUACAUUGUAUUUGGAGAAUACUGUAUGUUCUUAUUCUGAUAACACAGUAUUCUAGAAUGUUAAGAGAGCAAAGUAAGCACAGUACUGUGACCCGUAAUGCUGUUACUCACCUCUAUACAAGAGAAGUAUUGGUAUGGAAUGUGUGUCUGCUUUUUAGACUUACUCCUAGCAUAUCUAGUUGUUUUUAGAUCUACACUGUGCUCUUCCCACAUACUUGUUUUCUAAGGCGGUUCUAUGUCAUUGAAGAUGACAGGCUGGGCAAAUGCUACUGCUUCUUUGCAGUACUGAUACCUUUUCUCAGAGCAUGCAAAUGUAAUGGAUUGACGUGUUCAAAGUGGCUGGCGAAUCACAGUGUACAUGUAGUUCUCUUGGGGUUUAUUUCUGUUCAUGGAUGUUACACAUGCAUUUGUUGUGUAUGAAUUCAGUUGUUUUAAUAAAAUACGAUUUUUUGGUUGUGCAAGACUAA